AGGGCUGUGACCGGGUGCAGAUAUCGGUAAACAAACAACAGAAAUGCUUUAAAGGACAUGAGCACACAUGAUUUAUAUCACUAAACUCACAUCUGCUGUUCUGCUUCUCUUCUUGAAAACAUUGUAGCUCUGCAUCUGUAUGUUUGCAAGAAUGGGAUUACUGGCUCUGUGUUUGGUCUUCAGUGUCUUUGUUUCUGUCAGUCAUUCUGCCUGCUCUUAUUCUCUUCCAAAACCAGGGGCAAAAUAUUGCGUUGAUGAAGCGGAUAAUUCCAAGCAUGCACUGGGAACCACUUGGACAAAUAAACAAUGUGUGAAAUGUACAUGCUCCAUUACAGGAAUGAGAUGCUGUGACACGUUGUUUAAAGCGCAUGUCCAAACUGAAGGCUGCGUUGUGGUGUACGAUUACGACAAAUGUACAUUUGAGGUGUUUCAUCCAAUGGACCGCAAUAUUCAUUGUCAGCAUUAUGCUGUUGGGAAGUAAUUUCUACUGAGUACAAAAAAUAUUAGCAGUGGGUAUUACUUAAAUCAAACAAUCAUUAUGUACUGAACUAUCUGCCUUGUGUACUUGUUCAGCAUUACAUUCUUUUCAAUAUUGUUGAUUGGCUGUACCAUUACUUUACGUUGUCUAGUGUGAACUAUGCAUUGUAAAAAAACAUUUACCAUU